AUGAAAUUAGACCGACCCCACACUAGGCCGUUUUACCAAAUUAUGAAUAAACAUUUCUAUAUUCCAGCAUUGAAUAUCGGUGACGGGGAAGAAUCGUAUCCGCAUCCAGCCACUGCAGAUAAGCUGGGUCAAAGAAACGCUUGCCAGUCGAAGUACUACAAGAACACGGAGCUCGAGGUGCGAGAACCUGGACACAUAUUGGCUCGAGCCACAAGUCCUGUAACCUGA